AGAUUAUCUCAGGAAGAAAACGAACUGGAAACAAAAUGAAGUUCCUUCUCUUUACAUUUGUUGGUGUUCACCUUUUAUCUCUCAACUCUGGCAAAUCUAUAUACAGGAAUGACAUCUCUCAGAGGACUUUUCAAGAAAUAAAAGAAGAAAUAGCCCACUAUGGAGAUGUUGCUAAAGCAAUCAUAAACCUUGCUGUUUAUGGUAAAGCCCAGAACAGAUCCUAUGAGCGACUGGCACUUCUGGUUGAUACUGUUGGACCCAGAUUAAGUGGCACCAAGAGCCUAGAAAAAGCUAUCCAAAUCAUGUACCAAAGCCUGAAGCAAGACGGGCUGGAGAAUGUUCACCUGGAGCCAGUCAAAAUACCCCACUGGGAAAGGGGAGAAGAAUCUGCUGUGAUGCUGGAGCCGAGAAUGCACAAGAUGGCUAUUUUGGGUCUUGGCAGCAGCAUUGGGACGCCUCCAGAAGGCAUUACAGCAGAAGUUCUGGUGGUGACCUCUUUCGAUGAACUGCAGAGAAGGGCCCCAGAAGCAAGAGGGAAGAUUGUUGUUUAUAAUCAACCGUAUACCAACUAUUCCCAGACAGUGCAAUACCGAGUGCAGGGGGCAGUAGAAGCUGCCAAAGUGGGGGCUUUGGCAUCCCUCAUUCGAUCGGUGGCUUCCUUCUCCAUCUACAGUCCUCACACAGGUGUUCAGGAAUACCAGGACGGUGUGCCAAAGAUCCCAACAGCCUGUAUUACAGUGGAAGAUGCAGAAAUGAUGUCAAGAAUGGUUUCUCGUGGGAGCAGAAUUGUCAUUCAGCUGAAGAUGGGGGCAAAGAACUACCCAGAUGUUGAUUCCUUCAACACUGUAGCAGAAAUCAUUGGUGGCAAGUAUCCGGAGCAGGUUGUACUGGUCAGCGGACAUCUGGACAGCUGGGACGUUGGGCAGGGUGCCAUGGAUGAUGGUGGUGGAGCCUUUAUAUCAUGGGAAGCGCUCUCACUUAUCAAAGAUCUUGGGCUGCGUCCAAAGAGGACUCUACGUUUGGUGCUCUGGACUGCAGAGGAACAAGGUGGAAUUGGUGCUUUCCAGUAUUAUCAGUUACACAAGGCAAAUAUUUCCAAAUAUAGCCUGGUGAUGGAGUCUGACUCUGGAACUUUCUUACCCUCUGGGCUGCAAUUCACUGGCAGUGAAAAGGCCAGGGCCAUCAUCAAGGAGGUCAUGAACCUGCUGCAGCCCAUCAAUAUCACACAGGUCUUUAGUGAUGGAGAAGGGACAGACAUCAACUUCUGGAUCCAAGCUGGAGUGCCUGGUAACAAUAGAAACAAGAUGAAAAUUCCCAGCGUGGAUCCCUGUCAAGACAGCGUUAACCUGAGUGCCAGCGGAAAAGUCCUGGAAUUCUCUCAAGAGGGUAACAGGCUUAAGCAGGAAAAAUGGACACUGCCAAAGAUGGAGGUCUUCAUCAAAGUCGUGCUUUAGGUGGUACCAUUUGUAUCCUGUCAUCACAAAAGGAGACAAGUAGCCAUAAAUGGAAGCUUGCUUUGGAAGGCACCACCCAAUAACCGACAUAGGCAACAAUUCCUACUACGGUGGCACUGGAGAGACUAACAUUGGCGAUGAUAGCUACCCAGACAAUGUCUUCCAAUUCAAUCCAAAUUCCGGUCACUACCAAGUUCAUGCUGGAUUGUGAAACGCAGCCCAUUCAGAUUCUUUAACCAAGCUCUGUGAGGUAGAACUAUAGCAGCAUUUAGUCUAGGGUUAAUUUUGCCCACCUACUGAGGCUAACCCCUCUGAGUACUCUACUUGAUAAUCCAUGAAUUAUAAGGUCUUCCUCUCUGACUGAGGGAACAGACUAUUUCUUGUUUAAGCUCCUAGUAUUGUUUCUCCUAGUCCUUUCAGCUGGUUCUUUGCCCGGCCUCUGACAGUCUCUUCCAGCACAUGCGUUGACCAGUACUCAGAAGACCUAGGGAAAGGGUGGAGAGAGGCUCCACAGAUCUUGGGCAUUCUCGCUCUGUGAAGCACUAUCCUCUCUAAGACUGUGUCCCAUGAAAUCUAGCUGCCUUGGCUUUCCUGAGCAUUAAGAAUCCUCUCUUCAACUCAAGGUGGUAACUAGAUUCUGUAUAGGUUUCCCUUUCCUGAACUGCAACUGGAAACUCUCUCAAGGCAGCAAACUACGGCCAUGAAAAGGGCUCACUUCAUUUUUUUUUCUGUCUGUUGGGCACCAUUGUCCUUUAUUUCUUGAUGUUUGGUGUCUUGAAACUGUUGUUUCACACAUUUUAUUUGGAUUUUUAAGUGUUUCAUACAUAAAAACAAGUCUGGUCCCUGUUACUCCUACUUGGUCAGAAAUGUAUGUCAAGUCACUAAUUUUUGUCUACAGUACACACCCAUAUUCUUUUAACAUUUUGUACACUUUGAUUCAUUAUUUUCACACUACCUGAUUCCAAUUGGGACUGUAGAUUCGAAGCAAUGUUAUGAACUGUCCAAAGACUGAACUAAAAUUGAUGGUAUCUAUGAAUUAUUAGAGUUCAAGGAUAAUAUAUUGUUUAUCUGGAAAUCAUUCUUAGUUUCAACGAUUCUUUUUAAGAAAGGAUACAUGUUUUAUAUUUAGCUCUAAAAACCCAUGGGGGGACUGGUUACCUCUUUGUUUUUUCCUAAAAUGGGACAUUUAUGUCUUAUUGGACCAGUUUCUUCCAUUUCCUUUAAGAUCCAUGCAGAGGGAUUCCUCAACAGGACCACAGCCACACUCAGGACCUCUGCCUCCCUUUGUCUUGGAACUACAGUGCUUUCUGCUUGUCAGCCCUGAGCAACAUCUUUAGAUCGUCCCUACAGAUCAUGGAGCCCAAAGUAAGUUCCAUUUUGUAUUCUCCAUCCAUUGCCACAACUACCGUCCCCAAUCACUCCACAAUUUUAAACUUCAGAGCAACUUUGAAAGAGAAAAACUGUCACAAGGCUGUGUUCUAGUGUCUAAUUCCCACCAGCUGGCAGUGUCGUUUUUCUCCCUGACCAACUGCCACCUGAGUCACUGCACCUGCCUAUUCCUUCCAGGAAACUAAAUCCUACCUCCAUCCCCACCUUCUGCACAGGGUUUGGGAUUGUAUCCCCUUUGCAUAUAUCCUAGAAGAGGUUCUAAGGAAAUGGAUCUUAGUUCAUCCAUUUGCCUUUCCCCAUAAGGUUGUCUAUUUCCCUGAAAAAAAAAUUAUAAAGGGCCAAAUGAUAGCAGAAAGCACCCAUUUCUUAACUGGGCCUUUUAAUGCUGCCUUACUGGAGGAGUAUGGAGAAGCGGAGUCAGGGGACAACGUGAAUACGUGCAUGUGGGGGCGUGUGUUGGUGAGUAUGCGUAUCAGUAGCACUAACAGUAGAGGGCACAUGGAGAAGUGCGUGGGAGUUGGAAAAGUAGAAGUGGAAGGAGGAAUAUGAAGAAAGGGGUCUAUCGAGGUUUUCUCAUGACAACUUUACGUGCCCGUCGUAAUUGCUUAAGUCUACUAGCCAGCUGUGGAGCCUCGCACAUGCUAUAGCUAUAGGCAUUUUGAAGCACAAUUCUCUUGUUUUCCUCGAAUUGUUGUAAAAGGAACUGUUUGUCUGCUAAGAAAUGAUGCAUCAUUUGAGGGGUGGCCUAUUUCCUGUGCAUGCAGUAGCUUUCCAAGUUGACUUUAAGGCCAAGUUACUUUUCUGAUUCAUUUGUCUGAGUAGAUUAAGUGCAAAUUGAGAAGAGAAACCCAUUUAAAUGUUGUAUAAUCUGUAAAGGGUAAAAUUUGUUACGAGAAGGGAGGGAUUCGUGGGAAAGGAGGUCAAUUGCUGAUUUUGCCCUUCACAUGGUUAAGAUGUGGUUUUGAGGAUUCUGGUGAGUCUGUGCAUGAUCUGGAGUUUUAAGUUUCUUGAGUGUUCUGCCUUCCUCACAAUAACUACACAAAUGACACCAAGAAUGUUUUGACAAUCCUCAGACGUCUGUCCUGAGUGCAUUUGUAGCCAUGCAGUCCUGUUUGCUCAGUACGCUCCCUUCAUGAUAAUUUGAGAUGCUUCCCAUUUAUUUACCUUGAGUAAAUAUCAAACAGAUCUUGAUAUCUAUAUCUGUCUCAUGAAAUAUACAUCCUCUCUAACUGUGCCCAAAUGAUUAAUUUACUGCUAUUUGAUGAUUAGCAUAAAAAUCUCAUCAUAACAUGAGAUAGAAAUGUUAUCACUAAUUGCCAUUUGAAGUGAAGAAUGUUUUUUGCAUAGAAAUUAAUGAUGCAUGCUUACUUCUCAAUUCUCUGUCAAACCAGAAAACCCAAGACUGUGUUUGGAGCAGAAUGAAAUUACCUUUGAAGUUU